AUGAAACAUAUUUUGUACAUAUCAUUUUACUUUAUCCUUGUUAAUUUAUUGAUAUUUCAUAUAAAUGGAAAGAUAAUAAAGAAUUCUGAAAAAGAUGAAAUCAUAAAAUCUAACUUGAGAAGUGGUUCUUCAAAUUCUAGGAAUCGAAUAAAUGAGGAAAAGCACGAGAAGAAACACGUUUUAUCUCAUAAUUCAUAUGAGAAAACUAAAAAUAAUGAAAAUAAUAAAUUUUUCGAUAAGGAUAAAGAGUUAACGAUGUCUAAUGUAAAAAAUGUGUCACAAACAAAUUUCAAAAGUCUUUUAAGAAAUCUUGGUGUUUCAGAGAAUAUAUUCCUUAAAGAAAAUAAAUUAAAUAAGGAAGGGAAAUUAAUUGAACACAUAAUAAAUGAUGAUGACGAUAAAAAAAAAUAUAUUAAAGGGCAAGACGAAAACAGACAAGAAGAUCUAGAACAAGAGAGACUUGCUAAAGAAAAGUUACAGGGGCAACAAAGCGAUUUAGAACAAGAGAGACUUGCUAAAGAAAAGUUGCAAGAACAACAAAGCGAUUUAGAACAAGAGAGACUUGCUAAAGAAAAGUUGCAAGAACAACAAAGCGAUUUAGAACAAGAUAGACUUGCUAAAGAAAAGUUACAAGAGCAACAAAGCGAUUUAGAACAAGAGAGACGUGCUAAAGAAAAGUUGCAAGAACAACAAAGCGAUUUAGAACGAACGAAGACUUCUAAAGAAAAGUUACAUGAGCAGCAAAGCGAUUUAGAACAAGAGAGACGUGCUAAAGAAAAGUUGCAAGAACAACAAAGCGAUUUAGAACAAGAGAGACUUGCUAAAGAAAAGUUGCAAGAGCAACAAAGCGAUUUAGAACAAGAGAGACUUGCUAAAGAAAAGUUGCAAGAACAACAAAGCGAUUUAGAACAAGAGAGACUUGCUAAAGAAAAGUUACAAGAGCAGCAAAGCGAUUUAGAACAAGAGAGACUUGCUAAAGAAAAGUUGCAAGAACAACAAAGCGAUUUAGAACAAGAGAGACUUGCUAAAGAAAAGUUGCAAGAACAACAAAGCGAUUUAGAACAAGAUAGACUUGCUAAAGAAAAGUUACAAGAGCAACAAAGCGAUUUAGAACAAGAGAGACUUGCUAAAGAAAAGUUGCAAGAACAACAAAGCGAUUUAGAACAAGAGAGACGUGCUAAAGAAAAGUUGCAAGAACAACAAAGCGAUUUAGAACAAGAGAGACGUGCUAAAGAAAAGUUGCAAGAACAACAAAGCGAUUUAGAACAAGAGAGACGUGCUAAAGAAAAGUUGCAAGAACAACAAAGCGAUUUAGAACAAGAGAGACGUGCUAAAGAAAAGUUGCAAGAACAACAAAGCGAUUUAGAACAAGAGAGACUUGCUAAAGAAAAGUUGCAAGAACAACAAAGCGAUUUAGAACAAGAGAGACGUGCUAAAGAAAAGUUGCAAGAACAACAAAGCGAUUUAGAACAAGAGAGACUUGCUAAAGAAAAGUUGCAAGAACAACAAAGCGAUUUAGAACAAGAGAGACGUGCUAAAGAAAAGUUGCAAGAACAACAAAGCGAUUUAGAACAAGAGAGACGUGCUAAAGAAAAGUUGCAAGAACAACAAAGCGAUUUAGAACAAGAUAGACUUGCUAAAGAAAAGUUACAAGAGCAACAAAGCGAUUUAGAACAAGAGAGACGUGCUAAAGAAAAGUUGCAAGAACAACAAAGCGAUUUAGAACGAACGAAGGCAUCUACAGAAACGUUGCAUGAGCAGCAAAGCGAUCUAGAACAAGAGAGACUUGCUAAAGAAAAGUUACAAGAGCAGCAAAGCGAUUUAGAACAAGAGAGACUUGCUAAAGAAAAGUUACAAGAGCAACAAAGCGAUUUAGAACGAACGAAGGCAUCUACAGAAACGUUGCGUGAGCAGCAAAGCGAUCUAGAACAAGAGAAACUAGCUAAAGAAAAGUUACAGGGGCAACAAAGCGAUCUAGAACAAGAGAGACUAGCUAAAGAAAAGUUACAGGGGCAACAAAGCGAUCUAGAACAAGAGAGACUAGCUAAAGAAAAGUUACAGGGGCAACAAAGCGAUCUAGAACAAGAGAGACUAGCUAAAGAAAAGUUACAGGGGCAACAAAGCGAUUUAGAACAAGAGAGACUUGCUAAAGAAAAGUUGCAAGAGCGACAAAGCGAUUUAGAACAAGAGAGACUUGCUAAAGAAAAGUUGCAAGAACAACAAAGCGAUUUAGAACAAGAGAGACUAGCUAAAGAAAAGUUGCAAGAACAACAAAGCGAUUUAGAACAAGACAGACUUGCUAAAGAAAAGUUGCAAGAACAACAAAGCGAUUUAGAACAAGAGAGACUAGCUAAGGAAAAGUUACAGGGGCAGCAUAGCGAUUUAGAACGAACGAAGGCAUCUAAAGAAACGUUGCAAGAACAACAAAGCGAUUUAGAACAAGAGAGACUUGCUAAAGAAAAGUUGCAAGAACAACAAAGCGAUUUAGAACAAGAGAGACGUGCUAAAGAAAAGUUGCAAGAACAACAAAGCGAUUUAGAACAAGAGAGACGUGCUAAAGAAAAGUUGCAAGAACAACAAAGCGAUUUAGAACAAGAGAGACGUGCUAAAGAAAAGUUGCAAGAGCAGCAAAGAGAUUUAGAACAAAGGAAGGCUGAUACGAAAAAAAAUUUAGAAAGAAAAAAGGAACAUGGAGAUGUAUUAGCAGAGGAUUUAUAUGGUCGUUUAGAAAUACCAGCUAUAGAACUUCCAUCAGAAAAUGAACGUGGAUAUUAUAUACCACAUCAAUCUUCUUUACCUCAGGACAACAGAGGGAAUAGUAGAGAUUCGAAGGAAAUAUCUAUAAUAGAAAAUACAAAUAGAGAAUCUAUUACAACAAAUGUUGAAGGACGAAGGGAUAUACAUAAAGGACAUCUUGAAGAAAAGAAAGAUGGUUCAAUAAAACCAGAACAAAAAGAAGAUAAAUCUGCUGACAUACAAAAUCAUACAUUAGAGACAGUAAAUAUUUCUGAUGUUAAUGAUUUUCAAAUAAGUAAGUAUGAGGAUGAAAUAAGUGCUGAAUAUGACGAUUCAUUAAUAGAUGAAGAAGAAGAUGAUGAAGACUUAGACGAAUUUAAGCCUAUUGUGCAAUAUGACAAUUUCCAAGAUGAAGAAAACAUAGGAAUUUAUAAAGAACUAGAAGAUUUGAUAGAGAAAAAUGAAAAUUUAGAUGAUUUAGAUGAAGGAAUAGAAAAAUCAUCAGAAGAAUUAUCUGAAGAAAAAAUAAAAAAAGGAAAGAAAUAUGAAAAAACAAAGGAUAAUAAUUUUAAACCAAAUGAUAAAAGUUUGUAUGAUGAGCAUAUUAAAAAAUAUAAAAAUGAUAAGCAGGUUAAUAAGGAAAAGGAAAAAUUCAUAAAAUCAUUGUUUCAUAUAUUUGACGGAGACAAUGAAAUUUUACAGAUCGUGGAUGAGUUAUCUGAAGAUAUAACUAAAUAUUUUAUGAAACUAUAA